CAACUAUGUGACAACAGCAACGUGUUGUGUGAGCGGACUAGGCCCUGGGCACCAACUAAUAUCACCGAUAUUCCUUAAUUUGCAACCAAAUAGGCGGAAAUUACACACUCUCGAAAUCCUAGCGCACAGUUGCUAUAUAACCAUCUUCCAUCCGCACUCUCUCCAUGAGGUAAAGCUCUCAUGCUUCACUAUAGAGUCUCUUUCCAGACAUACAUUCACAAAUCGUCUAUUCCAUCGCGUUAUUAAACUCUGUCCACGAUGAGAUUAUGCACAAUCUAUACGUUACUCUUUCUCACGCAACAAACUAUCGCCUUAAACAUCCUCCUUACGAGCGAAAACAGCUGGGUUUCGGCUGGAUUGAGGUCUUUAUACACCCACUUGACGGAGGUGAUGGGCCACAAUGUGAUUCUCGUCGCCCCGUUGCACCAAAAUACAGACGUGGGUGCCAAGUUACAGUUAAACAAGAAGGUCCGCAUGAAGGACUUUAGUGUCCCCGCUGAGCGCAAAGAACACGAAAGAAGAGCUGGCGACUUCAAACACUUGGCUAAUUACAAAUCCAAGCGCAUAUCCAGCGAUUCAAAGGUUCGAAAGAGAGGUGCCAAGGGUGUGCUUAGUGACUUGCAGCCCUCCAAGGUUUCUAAACAAUUUGGCGUUGAUCCGGAAGACAAGCACAUUUACUACGUCGAUGGUUCACCCCUCGCGGCUACCCUUGUGGGGCUAGACUACAUUAUCCCGUACAACUUUCCGGAAUUCUCUAUCGAUCUUAUUUUAGCAGGCCCAAAUGAGGGCUCAAUUAUGGAAGAAGGGGCCAAGAGAGGAGGUUACGCCAUUUCCCACCUCGGAUUGCUGAGAGACAUUCCUUCUUUCACUGUUUCGUCGGCAGAUUCUCGGCAUUACUACUUCAAGGAUACGAUCCCUGCCGAGGUUUCCCACUCGUACGGAAUCAUCGACGACAAGAUCUCCUCUCUCAUCAGCAGAUUUGAAAGUGAAUCACACACCGGUGUCUUUGGACGCAAGAACUACAACACGCUCAAGACCGUGUAUUCCGAUCAUGACAACGCCAUCUACAAGGAAGAGUUGUCCAAACACCAAGAAAUCCUCGACUUACAGAAACAGGGAUCUUUGUCGUACAAGAUAGAUGAUGAAUCCGACAAUUCCAGCCCGUUUAACGCAUACAGGGUUCUCCCGCGAAACAUUGCAUUGAGCAUCAACUUUCCUGCUUUCGUUUCGGACACUUGCAUCAACCCACCCUUUUCCCAGACCACCUCGUUUUCACAUGCUGGCAAUGCUAAUGUGAAGCUCACCCCUACUGUCUCUGCUCUUGAGGGUACGGGCGACGACAGCCCAGAAGAGAUCAAUUUAAUUAUCGAAUCCAUUUCCGAAGCUUACGAUCCAGAUUCUGAUGACUAUGGAAAGUGCCACGACCAGGUCACGGGGGAAAAGUUAUUAAGGUGCAUCUUACCAGGUGAGAGAGAAGUGAUAGAGAAAUGCGGCGUUUCCGUAAAGGCGUUUGGUAACUACGAGUCCAAGUUUGACAUCAGAGAAUUGUUGAGACUGGUUGAAAUCCUUUAGGAAGCAUUGCGAUAGGUGUUGUUUUAUGAAAAAGGGUAUUAAGUUUUAGUCUGGUACUGUUUCAUCGGGUUUUGUAUACCUUCGGU